AUGACCCAAUCAGACGUACUUGCAAAGGCAGCGCUGAUGGGAUCGUACGAUCCCCACAAUAUAGAGCGGGAGCUGCCCACGGCGGCGGUAAAAAGAGGGAAGACCUGCUUUUCAUGCCUCUCCGAGCCCAUUAAUGAUGAGAUUCUUAAAGGUGUCGACCUGAGAUUACGCUUGCAAGGCUACCGUAUUAAUUACAAACUUUUCCAACGGUAUGACGAUUUGCAGCAGCGCCUGCCCUGCACAAGAGUUCCCGGCGAGUGUGAGUCGACGCCGCUAGGCGUCAGGUCGAAGGUGAGGGAAGCCCGUUUCUGGGAAUCUACCCAUAUCCCAAUGAUCCCUGUCCCAGGGAAAAAUGCACCCGAAGUUUCCAGAUUUUCUUCGGCGUCAAGGCAAUACCUUGUGGAGGGAGAUGUCAAUGGGACUCCAGUGGAGGCCCUCCCUGACAGUGGUGCGGACAUGUGCUUCAUAUCACCAAAACUAGCCUGUGAUCUAGGUCUCAGUCCUGAUGCCUGGACACAGAAGAAGAUACAACUUGCCAACAAGAAGUGCGUCCAAUCACCUGGAAUGGUAGAGGUCGCAUGGAGAUUCGCCAAGGAACAAAAGCCGCACAUCUUGAACUGCUGGAUCCUGCCAGGAUGUGUUCACGAUAUCGUCCUAGGAAGCCAUUUUCUAAACGCGACGAAGACUCUCACCACGUUCAAAAAUCGCAUCAAAUCAAAACUGGUUGAUUUGCCGAGGCGAUUGCGGCUAAGGCUUCUAGGUGAGGAGAAGCAGCGCUUGUGGGGAUACCUCGACGGUCAUCUAACCUCAGCGCUACCGGACACGGGCUCGGAUGUUAUGCUAAUCUCGAGCACAUAUGCACGGAAUAUUGGGCUGCUCGUUGAUCGGGAUUUCGGGGAAUUGCUUGAGGUCGAGUUCGCCGACGGAACUACCGCCUGGACAAGUGGCGUCAUACGAGAUGUGCCAUGGGAAGUCGGGGGAACAACAGUUCGCUGCGACUUCCAUGUGCUGGAUGACCUCUGCGUUGAUGUUGUCCUAAGCAAGAAUUAUCUGUUCGACCUGAAUGUCUUUUCGGAAAGCAGUGAAUACUUCUUCAACGUCAAUUCGGACGACGACCUCUUCCAGCUCUCUAACAUUCGUCUUAUCGGCCGGUAUGGGGACACCCUAAGUAUAUUGGAGGAGGAGUAUUUGCAAGACGUGGCUUCCCCCGCCGCCUUUGGUCCCGAAUCGGUGCAAAGAGAGCUAGCAAGACGAGACCAGAUCCGCGAUGAGAUUUUUGCCUUGCAUGAGAACCAACGGAAAGCGGCUACCCAAGCGGAGGCUGAGAGACAACGACGAUGGGAGGACUUAAGGCAAACACACCAGACAAGAUGGAUAACUGCCUCAUCAGCCAGUCUCCCAUCCGAGGGGUUGUCCGGGAAUGAUCUUCAAGGGGCGACCACCCGGAGUGGCUUUUGGAAGAAAAAGGCCGGCAUAAGAUAUGUUUCCUUCCGAUCCCCUGAGACGGAGCACAAGGCCGUAGUGACACAUUGA